AAACACACACGCACACACUUAUUUAAUGCUACUGACUAGAUUAGCAACAUCUACAUUCCGAGAGUCUCUUCAGCCACUUAAACCAUUUUAUCGGUUACUCUCCCCUGUUCCCCCAACUCUGACUAACCCACAACUACAAUCACUACAAUAACCAAAACCCUUUGAAUGAACGAGUAAAACUGAUAUUGGGACCCUCCAAGAACCCCUGAAAUCUCGAUUUCCGAGGGAAAUGGCGGAAACCCAGUUGGCACCAGUGGCGGUGGUGAUGGUGGUGGUGGUGGUGUGGAGCUCGUCGGCUAUGGUGGCGGAAUCGGGCAUAGGGGUCAACUGGGGAACCAUAUCGUUCCACAAGCUAUCACCUUCCACGGUUGUGGAUCUCUUAAGAGACAACAAGAUAGGGAAGGUGAAGCUGUUCGAUGCCGACCCAGAUUCGAUGAGGGGUCUGAGGGGAAGUGGGAUUGAGGUCAUGGUUGGGAUCCCCAAUGAGAUGUUGGCCGUCCUCAGCUCCUCCGCCGCCGCUUCCGACUUCUGGGUUCGCCAGAAUGUGUCCGCUUAUAUGGUUAAGGGCGGUGUUAACAUCAGGUAUGUUGCAGUAGGGAAUGAGCCCUUCCUUACAAGUUACUCUGGUCAAUUCCAGUCCUAUGUCAUUCCUGCUUUGAUGAAUCUUCAACAGUCCUUGGCCAAAGCAAAUCUUGCCGGCUCCGUAAAGCUAGUGGUCCCUUGUAAUGCUGAUGCCUAUGAGGCUACCCUCCCUUCUCAAGGAGCCUUCCGUCCUGAACUGACCCAAAUUAUGACUCAGCUUGUUUCAUUCCUCAACUCUAAUGGUUCCCCAUUUGUGGUCAAUAUCUAUCCAUUUCUAAGCCUUUUUGGGAACUCAGAUUUUCCACAAGACUAUGCUUUCUUUGAGGGGACAAACCAUGCUGUGACAGAUGGAUCAAAUGUUUAUUACAAUGCAUUUGAUGGGAAUUAUGACACUUUAGUUGCAGCUCUCAGCAAACUUGGGUACGGUCAGAUGCCCAUAGUUAUAGGGGAGGUGGGUUGGCCUACAGAUGGAGCCAUCAGCGCAAACCUUACUGCUGCAAGGGCCUUCAACCAAGGUCUCAUAAAACACGUUCUAAGUAAUAAGGGGACCCCUCUGAGGCCAGGUGUCCCUCCUAUGGAUAUUUAUCUUUUCAGUCUUCUUGACGAAGGAGCAAAAAGCGUGCUUCCAGGGAACUUUGAAAGGCACUGGGGGAUAUUCUCUUUUGAUGGCCAAGCGAAGUACCCUUUAAACCUUGGAUUGGGCAAUGGAUUAUUGAAGAAUGCAAAGGAUGUUCAGUAUCUCCCGGCUAGGUGGUGUGUGGCAGACUCAUCCAGGGAUCUUUCUGGAGUUACAAACCACUUUAAGAUUGCUUGUAGUGUUGCAGAUUGCACUACACUCAACUACGGAGGAUCAUGCAAUGGAAUUGGGGCAAAGGGAAAUAUCUCAUAUGCAUUCAACAGUUACUAUCAGAUGCAGAAGCAGAAUUCACAGAGCUGUGAUUUUGAUGGCCUUGGGAUGGUGACUUUCCUAGAUCCGUCAGUCGGCGAUUGUAGAUUUCUUGUUGGGGUCACUGAAGAUAAAUCUUCAAGUAUUGUUUUGUAUGGUAGGGGGGUCAUCAUUUUGUUUUCUAUUCUUUGGGGGUUUUGGAUUUUUGUCAUGUGAAAAGAGGUUAAAAGGUGGGGGAAUACCUUAGUUUAUAGCUAUUUUGAUAUUUUGCCAGUUAUAUCAGGUUUUCAUAGACCUGAAUAUUGUGGUUGUACAACUUGUAGGGUAGAGAAUACCAUAGUCUAGAUCUAUUUAUAUAUAUAUUGCAGGUUAUAUCAGAUUUUCAUAGCCGGGUAUUACGUGCAACUGGUAUGGCAGAGUAAAUCGUAUGUCUAGAACACUUGAUUUCGAUAAUUUAUAAUCAUUUAUGGAGUAUUAUUUUUCUAA